GACAGCAUAACAAACCGCAUAUUUUGAUGUGAGAAAAGUUGAUGUAAACUUAUUGAGUUAUUGAAAAAAAUUCGCAUAUGUUACGCUGUUCACCAUGGGUGAUAGUGCUGCUGCAAAAGAGGACAAAACGUCUUCCACGGAAAUGUUCCCACUAAACAUAAAAAUCAAGCAGGAAAAAACAACCAGCUAUGAAGAUUCCAGCAAGUCGGAAACAGUUGACAAACUGUCGAUCGACCUCAACUUGUCGAACAUAUUCUCCCAGACGACAACGACGAACGCCGCCGGUACUACCUCGACGGACGCUAGCGGCAAAGAGGUCAAAUCGGUGGAACCACUGAAAUCCUCGAACGAAAUACUCACCGAGUUGUUCAAGGUAUUCAAUGCCGCCCCACCGGAGAUCAUAGAUGACGACGACGACGACGAUUCGAAUGGUGCCGAGAAGAAGAAACGAAAACACAAACACAAGAAAAAAUCUAAAAAGAAGAAGAAGACAACGGAAAAUGGUUGUGAAUCUUUGAGUGACUCGGAAGAUGAGGAGAAAAUUAGAAAGAAGGUGAAGAAAAUUAAAAAAGAGAAGAAGGAUAAGCACAGCAAACACAAGGAGAAAAACAAAGAUGGGAAAGGGAAACAGGAACGAAAGAAGGAAGAUAAACAUCCGGCCAAAGUGGAGAUGCUUUCCACAGUUGUAAAGAAAGAACCGAAGGACGAUCAUCGGCAUCAUGGACAUGAACCCAAAGAUCGUCCUCAUAGCGGCUCUCGAGAUUUGUCCCAAAAAGCGCUGAAACAGGAGAAAGAGGAAUCCCGCUUCGGAGAACUGUCGCAUGAUAAAUCGAGCCAGGAGCGUCUCAAGGAACGUGACUCGGAGAAAGGGGAUUCCAAGAACAAGAACAAAAUUCAAAUCAAAAGUCUGAAAGACAGCGCGAUCUUCAAAGAGGUUGCAUCGAAAGAGAAGGAAAAAGAACGCCAGAGGGAAAGGGGUCGUUUCCAGACGGGUGAAAUGCGGAGAAGAAGGUCUGAUUCGGAUUUUUCACUUUCCGAUGAAGACCAGUACAAUCAGGGACGGUAUUAUGAUUUCUAUGAGAAGAAGUAUAACUCUUUUUAUGCGGGAUAUAAAGACGAGGAACACCAUCGGCACAGGAAACGCAAGAGAAGCGAGGACAGAGAAAGAUAUAGGAAAUCGAGGACCAAGUCAAGGUCCCGAUCUCCUCAGUUCGAUAAGCAGAAAUUGUUGGAAAUCGCUCGCAGGAAUGCGAUAUCGAUGCUGAAGAAAGGCACCUUACCGGGUGCCCAUGGGUUGGACAAGGAAUCGAAGGAAAAAAUUAUAAUGAAGAUGAGGAGCAGUGGAAAAUCUGUUGAGGAAUUGACUGAGUAUUGCAAGAAGAUUUCGGAGAAGGAUAAUUUGAACGAACUCUCCAGCGUUUCAUCGGAUGAUAGCGAUCACGAUGCAGAUGGCGGGUCGAAAGCGUUUCACCAUCCCUUCCAGAUCAAAGAUCCUGGACCGAUCGUGAUGAACAUAAAAAAUUCCGUUCCUUUACAACCAAAAUCUGCCGAACAAACGAAAGCACUUCUAAUGCAGUUCCCGGUGUCUUCGGGCGCUCAACACAGGAAGAUGGAAAAUGAAUGGGUCCCCGUGGAACCGAAACCUCCUCAACCGGUUGUUCCCGUUCCUGCGAUACGUCAUGAAAAACCACUACCGAAAAUUCUUCCCACAUCGGCAACAUUUGUCCCUCAAGUUGAGCAACAGCCAGCUUACACACCGCUCAAUCCAUCGAUACCUCCGUCUGUCACUGCGCCACCACCACCAGCACCGCUUCCCGUUGUGGCCUCCGGACCACCACCAGUCAUGACUCAGCCACAUUCUGGCCCCCCUUCGAUGGCUAUCAUGUCGGUUCCUCCUCCUGCUAUACCCACCACAAACCCCAACGUAAUGACUCUCCCACCUCAGCUUGAGACUCCCCAAAUCGAGGUUUUUCCCAACAUGGCGGAAGCGGAAAAACUGGACGUUUCCACAAUCAUCUCCCAAAGGCUCAACGCCAUGCGUAAGCUACAGGACAAUCCCGCCGACGCGGAGGCGAUCAAGCUGCUGUACAACACCCAGAAAGAUAUGUCCGCUUGGGCGUCGUCCAAAUUCACUCCGGGCCAGUUUCUGGGAUCGACCGGUGUCCAGUGUCUCAGCCAGCGGGAGUUGGCCGAGGGUUACCAACCGUGGGCCAAGCGAGACUCGCUGAAGCAAACCGCUCCCGUCACCGGUGGAAUGGGUAUGCAUUUGCUGCAGAAAAUGGGAUGGGUUCCGGGGGAAGGUCUCGGCAAGGAAAAGAAUGGUUCCCUCGAACCACUACUGCUCGAUGUUAAGCUGGACAAACGGGGUCUAGUUGCAAGUGCCGAAGACCAACAGCGGCAGAUGCAGUUCCAGAUGCAGCAGCAGCAGCAGCAGCACCAGCAACAACAGCAACAUCAGCAACACGGUGGCCGUGGGCGAGCUCGUUUCGCGAACGUUAAAAUCGUCACGGAUGGCAAACAUCCGGUCUCCAUACUGGGCGAGUAUUCCAGCAAGCGAAAGUGGAUACCUCCGCGAUACGAGUUGGUACAUGAAAGUGGUCCGGGUCAUGCGAAAAAUUUUGUCUUCAAAGUGAUCGUAAACGGGCUGGAGUAUCAACCAGCAAUCGCGAAUAACACGAAGAAAGAUGCAAAGGCAACCGCAGCGAAGUUUUGUUUGCAGCAGUUGGGAAUUUUACAAUCAUAGUUUCUUUUAAUUCGUUCUAAGCGGGUUUCUAAUGUUUUUUUUUUUGCUUGUCUAAGGCCGCAGUUACAUUGGGUACGAAUUUGCAUGGAAGUGUGGCCGUGCGAACUCGUACAAAUUUGUACGCAGUUCAUGCUGACAGCAUUGAGCCUCGUAUUCCGUUGCUGUGAAGUGAAAAUGAGAAUAGGUAUUCGGUGGAUUAAGCAUAUUUUUCAAUAAAAACACAUUUUCUGCGGGAACAAAUCUGGAAAGAAAAAUCGUGUCUCUCAGACACGAUUUUAUAUCAGAAUGAUGAAGUUAGCGCGAAUUUUAGAAAAGUAAUGGUGACAUUGCUGAGUAAAAGUCAGGACCGCAUGGUUUUGGUUUUCAGACAACAUUAAAUAUUAAUUUCCAUUCAAAGUUUUAUAAUUUGAAACUGUCUUCGGGCCUGCUAAUCUGAUAGAGAGUAAAUGGCUUUACAAAGACACACCUGUCGCCAUCAGGUAUCGAAACAGUAACUUCUUCAUUGUGGAUGUUGUUUCUUCGUCAGUUAUCAUACGAUCUCCACCAUUUGUACAUACUAUGUGAUUUAAGUAUUUAGUUAUUUAAGGUGGCAAUUGAAAACGACAUCUAUUUAGUAUAACAAAUUAAUAAGCAAAGAAGUUUGUAAAUAAACCUACAAGGUAAUUCUUUCAUAUCUUUUGAAUGACUAGCAAUUUAAAAAAAACCCUACGGUACACACUUCCCUACAGUUUUAUAGAUUCGUGUCCGAUGCAACCGCGGCUUAAUGCGUAAGGGUGUGAUGAUUAUGAUUGAGAUUUUUUUUUAAUGUAAAUUUUCAAAUGAAGGAACCAUUUCAAGCAUAUAAUAAAUCAAAUCUGGUCACCUAGGUAUUCCAUAUACCUUUAUUGUGAAAUCUUUUUUUUUUUGUUAUUUUGUGUAACUUCCGAUGCAUCAGACUAUUUUUAAUAUCAAAAUUGUUUUUAUGAUGUUUACCCGAAUACCAUACAUCCGAAAUACAUCUACACAUCUCCGAAGAUAACAUUAAUUCAAAUGAAGAAAACAUUUUUUUUCAAGUAGAAUAACAGGCGGAUUUCAUACCAACUCUUCUUCGAAGUUGGCAGCACCAUCCCAGAAGGCAGUGUAAUGUUGUGUACAGAU